CUAUAAUCCUAAAAUAAAUCCGUUAAUCAAUCAGCAGGCCAAUAAUCAAAUUAAACAAAAAAAUGUGCACGUUAGAGAAGCGGGGGAACAUCUACAUCCUAACCCUAACCGGCACCGACGACCACCGCCUAAACCCUAACCUCCUCGACGCUCUCAAUUCAUCUCUCCGCCAUCUCCACACCGUCCCAACCUCCCCUUCCUCCGUUCUAAUCACCACCGCACACGGCAAAUUCUUCUCCAAUGGCUACGAUCUCGCAUGGGCCACACAACAAUCCUCUCCAUCACCGGCCACCGCACUGCCCCGCUUUCAACUCAUGUCAUCCAAAUUCCGAUCCGUCAUCUCCAACCUAAUCUCCCUUCCCAUGCCGACAAUCGCGGCAGUGACCGGACACGCGUCAGCCGCUGGUUUCAUCUUCGCGUUGACUCAUGAUUUUGUGCUGAUGAGAAGAGAUCGAGGCUUUUUAUACAUGAGUGAGGUUGAUAUAGGGUUAGUAAUAUCGGAGUGGUUUGAUUCAAUUUUGAAGUGUAAGAUUGGGGAUUUCAGUGUGAGGAGAGAGGUGGUUUUGAUGGCGGCGAAAUUGACGGCGGAGAUGGCUGUGGAGAGGCGGAUUGUUUACUCGGCGCAUGAUAGUGCGGAGAAGACGGUGGAGGCAGCGGUGGUUUUGGCGGAGGAGUUGGUUAGUAGAGGAUGGGAUGGCCACGUGUACGGUAAGAAUAGAUUGGUCGUUUUGAAUGAGGUGAUGGAUAAAAUUGGGUUUGAUGAAACUGUGGAAGGGCAAAAUGGGGAUAAUACUAAUAAGUUGUCUAAGUUGUGAGCAUAUGAUUAUUGGAUAUAUCUUUUUUAAUUCGCUGUACAUUUUAUUUACAGAUAUAAUAGAUAUGUUUUAA